CAUUUGUUAUUGUUCUUACUAGUAAAGCGCUAGCAGAGUGGGUGUUUUGUUACGGAAUGUUGCAACACGCCCUUCUCGGGGGCAGGUUUCCUGCCUGCACUUUGACUCUGCUGUGGAGUUAGACGAGCUCCGCCUGCACUUGGCUCAUGGCUCCUGCAAUCCUGCCACCUCCCCUGCCUCUCUGUGUGUGUCUGCUGCUGGCAUGUGGCUGUGCCCGGGCGGGUAAGCUGCUGGUGGUGCCCAUGGACGGGAGCCACUGGUUUACCAUGAAGUCAGUUGUGGAGAAACUCAUCCACAGAGGGCAUGAGGUGGUGGUUGUUAUGCCCGAGGUGAGCUGGCAACUGGGACGGUCGCAGGAUUUCACAGUGAAGACUUACUCCACGUCUUACACGCUGGAGGAUUUGAACCGUGAGUUCAAGGUUUUCAUUGAUUCUCAGUGGAAGGCUGAAAAACACAAUAUAUUUUCUGUAUUAAGCAAUUCAGCCAAAGACUACUUUGAAUUGCUGUUUUCAAAUUGUAGGAGUUUGUUUAAAGACAGGAAGUUAGUAGAAUACUUAAAGGAGAGUUCUUUUGAUGCAGUGUUUCUGGAUCCUUUUGACGUGUGUGGCUUAACUGUUGCCAAAUACUUCUCUCUCCCAUCCGUGGUCUUCGCCAGAGGAAUAUUUUGUCACUAUCUUGAAGAAGGCGCUCAGUGCCCCAGCCCCCCUUCUUAUGUCCCCAGACUUCUCUUGAGAUUCACAGACAGCAUGACUUUCCUGCAGAGAGUGCAGAACCAUGUCUCCUACAUGAAGGAGCACGCCUUUUGCCCCUACUUUUUCCAAAGUGCUGUGGAGAUUGCCUCUGAAGUUCUCCAAACCCCAGUGACCAUGACUGAUCUCUUCAGCCACACAUCCGUCUGGCUGUUGCGCACUGACUUCGUCCUGGACUUCCCCAGACCUGUGAUGCCCAAUGUCGUCUUCAUUGGCGGAAUCAACUGCCACCCGGGAAAGCCGCUGCCUCAGGAAUUUGAAGCCUACAUUAACGCCUCUGGAGAACAUGGGAUUGUGGUCUUCUCUUUGGGAUCCAUGGUCUCCGAGAUUCCAGAGAAGAAAGCUAUGGAAAUCGCUGAGGCUCUGGGCAGAAUACCUCAAACGGUCCUGUGGCGCUACACCGGAACUCGACCAUCGAAUCUUGCAAAGAAUACAAUCCUUGUCAAGUGGCUACCCCAAAAUGAUCUGCUUGCCCAUCCAAAGACUCGUGCAUUCAUUACACACUCUGGCUCCCAUGGCAUUUAUGAAGGGAUAUGCAAUGGUGUUCCCAUGGUGAUGAUGCCCUUGUUUGGUGAUCAGAUGGACAAUGCUAAGCGCAUGGAGACCCGGGGAGCUGGUGUGACCUUGAAUGUCCUUGAGAUGACAGCUGAUGACUUCGCAAAUGCCCUGAAAACUGUCAUCAAUGACAAAAGCUACAAGGAGAACAUCAUGCGCCUCUCCAGCCUUCACAAGGACCGUCCCAUAGAGCCCUUGGACCUGGCUGUGUUCUGGGUGGAGUAUGUGAUGAGGCACAAGGGGGCACCACACCUGCGCCCUGCAGCCCAUGACCUCACCUGGUACCAGUACCAUUCCCUGGAUGUGAUCGGCUUUCUCCUGGCCAUUGUGAUGGCUGUAGUCUUCAUCGUCUUCAAGUGUUUUGCCUACGCUUGCCGUAAAUGUUUAGGGAAAAAGGAACAGGGACGAGUUAAGAAAUCUCACAAAUCCAAGGCCCAUUGAGAAAUGGGUGGGAAGUAAGGGGAAGUUUGGAUCUAUUCUCCAAUCAGUUGGAAACUUGAAAACAUAAUCAGUGUUAAAUUCAUUUUAUUUGUAUUGGGGAAAUUAUUUGCCAUAAGUUAGACACCCAGACAUUUAUAAAAAAAUAAUAAUAAUCUUAAUUCCUGGUCACAGGUUUAGGAAAAGGUAUUUGCCAAUGUGCUUUGCUUCCCUAUGUCCUUAAUCCGGCCAACCUUUGUCAUCCGUCAGUGACUUACAGAGAAGGUGGGCGUGCUGUUCACUUUCUUACUUGAAGGUGUGACUUUGGGGGAGCACAGGGUGUAGUCCCACAGCCCUCCCAUGAUGCUUUUAACCUCCUCGUCUGGUUUCUUAGGACCUUGUGGUCAGUCACUCCCUCUGGCAGUCCUGCAUCUGUGCUCAUUUUCUUCUCUUGCUCUGUGUUUCAAGAAGGAACCUCUGUACCUUUGGGGUGUACUUGAUAUGAAUGAAUGCCAGGGGUCCUUGAGGAUGUGUGAUUUCUGACCUUGGGGAGAAAAGAAUGAUGCUGCAAAACUGGGGGGUGGCACGUGUGAGAGGGUGAUCGUUGGGGGGUAAUCAUUGCUUGUGUGAAGGGGUCUGAAGGUGACAUGAGCCAGAGUGUCCUCUGGCAAGUGUAUUUCCUGCAGUGCUUCCCACAACCAAGAACUUAUUAAUAAACCCACAUAAAUUUUA